AUGUUUAAAAAAUUCACAAAGGAAGAUAUACAUUCUCGCUCCAAAGUUAAGUCAUCAGUCCAACGAACCUUGAAAUCUAAAUUGGUUGCUCAAUUUCCUCCACUUGAAGAAGUUAUCGAUGAAUUAAUCCCAAAGAAGAGUCAAAUCGAAUUGAUAAAAUGUGAAGAUAAAAUUCAACUAUAUACCGUUGAUGGAGAAGUUUACUUUUUUCAAAAAUUUGAUGAGCUAAUUCCAAGUCUAAAAUUUGUACACAAAUUUCCAAAAGCAUUUCCAACUGUCCAAGUGGAUCGUGGGGCAAUCAAAUUUGUUUUAUCGGGUGCUAAUAUUAUGUGCCCUGGGUUAACUUCUCCAGGCGCUGCUUUGCCAGAGGCUCCAGGUUAUGAAAAAGAUUCUAUCGUUGUCAUUAAUGCUGAAAAUAAAGAACAUUCACUAGCUAUUGGUAAGCUGUUAAUGAGUACAGAAGAUAUCAAAUCUAUUAACAAAGGUCACGGUAUUGAAAUGAUCCAUCAUUUAGGAGAUCCGUUAUGGAAUUUUAGCAUAGAAUAG